UUAUCCUCCCUUCUGCGGCACCCUCCCUUCUCCACCUUACAGCACGCCACAAGUCCCGCCUUUCCCUGCCCCCAUGAGAGGGACUGCGAGUUUUAUGUUCCCUCUGCCAAUCUUCGAUACUCGGGGACCCAUUUUACUUUAGCCCUCACUACUUUUAUUUUUGUGUUUUAUCUCCCCGACCCUCUAAAUUCUGUUCAAGAAAAUUAGGACUACACCUGUUUCACCCCCUAUCCCUCCUUGGCUACAUUCAAGUGAUAAGCCAUGCUACUACCCUCAUCACUACUCCUCAUCCUUGGCCUCCUCACCUGGAGUCCCAAUGCAUUGUGGGCUGCUAAAGUCAUUGUAGUACCGCCCAUUAUGUUUGAAUCCCACCUCUACAUCUUCAAAACGCUGGCUACAGCGCUGCACCAGGAGGGCCACGAGACCCAUUUCCUAAUAUCAGAGGGUCGUGAGGUGCCCUCAUCCCCUCACUACCACUUACAACAUUACGCAGGGAUCUUUAACAGCACCACGGCUGACAAUUUCCUCCAGUCCAAAGUGUCCAACAUCUUUUCAGGCCGUCUUACUUUUCUAGAACUGUUUGACAUUCUUGACCACUACUCCCAGAACUGUGAUGCUGUGGUCGGUAACGCUGAAGUGAUGACCCGCCUAAAGGAGGCGAAGUUUGACCUGCUGCUAGUGGACCCAAAUGAGAUGUGUGGUUUUGUGAUUGCUCAUAUCCUAGGUGUGAAGUACGCCGUGUUCAGCACAGGCCUGUGGUACCCCGCAGAGGCGGGUGCCCCAGCUCCUCUUUCAUAUGUACCGGAAUUCAACUCUUUGCUGACAGACCGAAUGUCUCUGCUCCAAAGGAUCACCAACACAGCUGUUUACCUGGUGCAGCGCUUUGGAGUCCAUUAUAUAGCUUUACCCAAGUAUGACCGGAUUAUGAAGAAACAUGGAGUGAAGCCUCAGGUGGCCAUGGCUGACCUGGUGCAGGGCAGCAGGUUGUGGAUGCUGUGCACUGACUUGGCUCUGGAGUUCCCCCGCCCCACCCUGCCUCAUGUAGUAUACAUAGGAGGGAUCCUUACAAAGCCCCCCAACCCACUGCCACAGGACUUUGAGGCAUGGGUGAAUGACACAGCGGAGCAUGGCUUUGUGGUUGUGUCGUUUGGUGCUGGGGUCAAGUACCUUUCCCAUGACAUCGCUCACAAACUGGCAGGAGCCCUGGCCCGACUGCCCCAGCGUGUCGUCUGGAGAUUCUCUGGCGUUCCACCCAGUAACCUUGGCAACAACACCAAGCUUGUUGAUUGGAUGCCUCAGAACGACUUAUUGGGCCAUGCUAACACCAGGGCCUUCCUGAGCCACGGUGGCCUGAACAGCAUCUACGAGGCCAUGUAUCACGGGGUGCCAGUAGUUGGUGUGCCCCUGUUUGGGGACCACUAUGACACAAUGACUCGUGUGGCAGCCAAAGGCAUGGGUGUCAUGCUACACUGGAAGUACAUGAGUGAAGAGGACCUGCACACAGCACUGACCAGCGUCAUCAAAGAAAACAGGUAUCGCCAGCAGGCCCGCAUGCUCUCCAACAUCCACAAAGACCAGCCAGGCCACCCUGUGACCAGGGCCGUCUAUUGGAUUAGCUACAUCCUCCGACACCAUGGUGCCAACCACCUGCGCUCUGCCGUAUAUGAUGUGUCCCCCUACCAGUACUUCCUGGUGGAUGUUGUUGUCACUGUAGGUGCUGCCUUGGCUCUUACCAUCUAUGCACUGAGACGGUUUGCACAACUACUGAGGGGAAAAGGUGAGGACCAGGCCAGAGGCGGUGGUGGCGAAAGGGAUGAAGGUAACAUGGCUAAUGGACAUUGCCAUAGCGAAAGCAUGUCCAAUGGGAAACACAAACGCAACGGCUCCCUGAAAAAUGAAAAGAAGAUAAAUUAAUGUUUGGAACGGCCAAGAGGGACGAAGAAGAAGCUGCCCCAAGGGCUCAGCUCUGGGGUUAGUGGUUUUUAUAAAAGCUUUGAAGGGAAGCUGUUCUUAGGUCUGCGUCAAGAAGCUGAGGGAUGACAGAGCAAGGCAAUGGGUGCUCGGAAUCUGUGUGUCUGUGUGUAUGUGUGUGAUGUAUGUGUAUGUGUGCACUGAGGCGAAUUUAACGAAAACUCCUAACAACAGCAGCUACAGAGAUACAACACCAAACUGGGAAGUCAUUAAGGAUGAAACAGAGGAAAGACACAGUGGAGGACAUUGUUCCUUUAUGUGUGUCUCCUCAUCUGGCAUGCCCUCUGUCUUCCUCACCAGUGGAAAGACGAAGAGGAGGGGAAACACUGAGCACCAAGCCCUCACCCUCAGAACAAAACAAGGAAACAGAAGAAUGACUUUUGAAUUAUUUUGGAUUUUAAUGUUUUUAAUGCAAACUCUGCUUGAAGAAAAAAAAAAGGUCUGGUUAACUGCAAAUAGAGGACAAAUCUAUGCAUUACUGUACAAAUGCAUCUUAAUGGUGUAUCUUUUUAACCUUAAUUUUAUUUUUAAUUUAUUUCAUGUAUCUGUGGUGUGAUAGCAUGAUUGUAGAUGUACACUCCCUCCUAUAAGCUAACAUCGUGCAAGAGUUAUUAUAAGUGUGUGCGCUAAUUAGUACUAUGGCAUCAUCCACAGUAUUCAUGAUGGGUCUGUUUUCGAAUUCAGAAAAUACUUUCAACCUUUUCCUCUUCAGAAUGUCAAGAUGUGACCACGCUUCAGAGUGAAAUGUUAAAUGUCCCUCUGACUGAUGUUUUGUUCUGGUACAAAAAGCCACUUGAAAGCAAAAAAGAUGAUUUAUGUUUUUAAUCAAGCUAUAAAGUAAUGAUUACCACCAAGAAUACUGUGGAUAAACUCAGCUAGAACAGAAAUGUGCUGAGGCUCUUCCAGUCAGGUGAUCAGGGAUGAGUCAGAGCAUUAUUGAUUCAUGAUAACUCGCUCUACUAGUCCCACAUCUUAAUUCUGCAUCCCUCUCCUAUUUAUUUAUUUAUAAGGAAGGAUUCAUCACUUGAUUGCCAUUUUUAGUGCUACACUUGACUCCUUACGUCAUUCCUCUGUGGUUAAAUUAAUUCUUAAUAUACUGUAAGUCUGGUUGGUUUAGAUGUUGAGGUUCAUGUACAAACUGGACGGACCCUGUUUAAUUCUAUUAACUUUGAGUGUGAAUGAUUUACAUUAUGUAUGUGGGCUUUUUUUUAAAUGAAGAUAUUUGUGUAUGAAGAAUGAUUGGUUAUGUGUGCUUAUUUUUCACUGCAUAGCUUCAGACUGAGUUCGUGGUUGACACAAUGCAGUUGAGGUUUGCCUACUGUGUAAACAACCACUGGCUGUUGUGCUCUUCUGUAAAGUCAUGUCAUCAAACUGAGUGUGUGGCCCUGCAAAGGUUUUUCAGUUGAAAGAGUUUGAAGAUUGAAGUUCCCCUUUUUUUAAAUCACCCCAUGUGUCAAUCCACUCCAUAGAAACACUUGUAUCUUAGCUACCAUGUCUGUUAUUAUUCAGGGCAGAUGAUGGAGAAGUAUAAAACAAAAGAAAGACUUAGGUUCAACAAUGAAGGUAAACUGCACUGCUACGGAUAAUAUGUCAGAGGGACGCUGAGAUAUGGGGCAAACUGGAAGAGUUUGUAGGGAGUUAGUGUAUCACUCAAUGAAGAAUGAAUGCUUGUGGACAUGUGACAUAAAAUCUCAUGAAUAAGACCCUUAUAAUUGGACAAUUUAUCAAACAAACAGGCCACAUUGAUAUUUCAUUUUCAGCUGUACAUUUCAAAAAUCAACAUUUUAAAGUUGAACUGAGACCACAAUUGGCAUUUCUAUCAAAGACAUUGUCUCACAUGGACAAUGAAGCAUAGAAAUGUAAAAAAAAAAAAAAAGAAGAAAUACUAUGACAUAACCUGUCUAAGUUCUCGAGGACCUAACAUUCAACCAGCAAACUCUCAGUAUGUUCACAUAUCUUGUAUGAUAAUUUAGAAAAGCUUCCUGAUCUCCCUUUCUCUGUGAGCUACCAUUACACCUGCACAGGCUGACCCAGCCCUGCUGAAAACACACACUGUUAUACUUGAAUCAUCAUCAUUAUCACCUGCAACAACUUCAGCUUGUUGUGAGAGGUGAGUGAGCCUGCAGGUGCUAAACAAGCUAUGAACAGAGUCUGGUGGGAAAGAAAAUAUUUUUGAGGUUGGAACUUUUUUUGAGUUAUUUCAGUAUUAAUGUUGAAUUCCACUCCUUCAAAAACUCCAUCCUGUACUUGUACGUUUCCAUACUCACUCUAAAGCAUGACUCACACGGUCUCUGUCUCUGUUCUUGUGACGUUUGUGAUUAAUCAGCUUGAAAAUGUUCUUUGUUCCGUUGUCAUAAGUGCACUUGUUCCAUUUGUCCACCUCUCUGUCUCUCACUCCAAACUUCCUGGUGUUUUCUGCUGUCUUUGUCCUCAUGUCUCGUUCUUCACGCCCGCCCCUUCAAUAUCAGAUGUCUCAGUUUAACCGGCUUCUCUCUGAAGAAAUUUCAUUUUACUUUGAUUUUAAAAUGACAAAGUCCUCAAUUUCCCUGUCAUGUGUGUCCAUGUUGUAAAUAGAACAAUGUAAACAAAAUACUAAUGCUGAAUAAAAAGGACAUAUUUUGUUUGCA